AUGAACGCACGGUCAUCCCCGAUUGUUAUCCUGAAACUCGAAUUCGUCCUUGUAUCCUCCAUCGGAACUUGUACCACCGUUGAACUCGUAACCGGUGUCGGCGUUGCCGUUGUCGUAAUAAUACUUGCCGUUAUCCAUAUACCUGGUGUCGCUCAUCCCGAAAUCGCCGGCAUUGUUGUAGUAGUAAUUGUUUUUGUUGGUGUUUCUGAUUGGAUCGUAAUUGUAAUUCUGGACAUUUUGGGGGUCGGAUUUGGUUGGAAGCUGGGGUUCGGCGUAGAGGCCGUAGCCGCGUUCUUUCUGCGGGAGAAAAUCGGGCUCCUGAGGCUGCUGGGCAUUGGUCGUGACUUUGUCGAAGAAUCGGCUAUCCCUUGCGUUGGAAAUUGA